AUUCAACAAAACCCAAAAUGGGAAAAAAUAGGAACAAGAACAAGGACAAGGAUCCUUAUAUCGGACCAGCGAAGACUGGACGAAAUGAUUCUGAUUCGGAUGACAGCGAAUCAUCAGCCUACACGUAUAAUGAAGAUAUUCAGUCGAUUAUGGGUGAUGUAGAAGAUAUGAACGAUGUAUAUGAUCAAUUGGUCGAUAAUUUGGAUAGAGCGCAAGACAAAAACUCCACAACCAGAAUUGACGGAUUACACAGAGUGAAUCUUGCGUUGACGGCGAAGCCAGCUCCAGAAUUCAUAAACAGAAAUAAAGAAACAAUCAUGGCAGUUUGCUCAAGGAUGGCGAAUAAACCGGAUAGUGAAGCCCAAUUUCUUGCAAGGCUCGUUGGACUUGUUGCAGUACAAGCUGGAGAAGAAAUUUCAGAGAUGAUUGCCGAGCCAAUGUCACAAAUGCGUACAAUUCUUAUGGAUGCCUCGAGAUGUGUAUUUCUCCGAACGGCCUGUGCUACUUCAUUAGCCAUCGUUACAAGAAUCGCAUGUAGUGAAGAUGAGGAAGUGACGGCAAAUGCCAAGGCAUGCAGAUUUGCCUGGGCACACACCAAAGUCUCUGGAUCUGCUAACGAUAUCGGUCAUGCCAAACUUGUUGGAACAUCGCUUUUUUCUUGGUGCGUCAUGCUACUCGAUGCUGACUUCCAGACAAUCAAUGAUGCAGUUGCCGACCAGCCCAAAAUUGUUACUCUUUUAUCGUCAAAUCAACUCGAAGUGAGAUUGGCUGCCGCUGAAACGCUAGCAUUUUUACACGAAUUCAUGCAAGAUGCUCGUCCAGGAUUUCGCUUUCCGAAUAAAGAGCAUGUACUCAGUCUUCUCGAUCAAAUGGUGAAUGAUAGCUCGAAGAAAAAAACUAAAAAAGACAAAAGGGCUCAGCGAUACGCAGUCAGAGAUAUAAGAGCAUUUAUUGCUGAUGAAGAUGAUGCGCCAGAGGUGAAUGUCAAAAUUGGACAGCAGACACUCUCACUGGACUCGUGCGCCAUCAAAAUUUUCUACGACACAACAUGCGAUUUGCUUCACGGAGGUCUUGCUCAGCAACUAUUGCACAAUGAGGUGCUCCGUGAUGUGUUCGACUUGGGACCGAUUGCAUUGGAGCCAGCUGAAUCAGCUAAUAAACAGAGCAGACUUGCCGUUCAUGAAGCAGCCGAUAAACAUCGCAACCAAGUUCGGGGGAAACAACGCGACAAGAGAUCGACAGUUUAUUAAUGAAAUUUUCUUUUAAAGAACUAAAUUGUACAUGAUAUCUCGUUUCUAAUUUGUUCACCUUGUUGUUACAGGCAUUUGUAUUCUUUUUUCAUUGUUAGUCACUUUCGCUAGCAUCCCUGUUUUCUUUUUCAAUUCACUGUCCGCAUGUUUCCUCUUUCAAUUAUGAUUAUAUUGCUGAUCUAAUAAAGUAUCAAGAGAUUAA